CUUCGUUUUUUUCUCUUACAUUUUCCAUCAGGACAUCAGGAACGUCAUUAACAAAUAUAUAAUUUGUUUUCUUUUGGUAGAUUUACUUAUUCUCAUCAUUUGUAAUUACUACAUAAACAAAAUGCAAGUUCCUCCAGUUUUUAUUGAUAUGUCUCUUGAAGACCAGGCUCAGGAUCUUAGAGUAUAUUUAAAAAAUUUGGGAGCAGAAAUAUCCGAGGAAAAGUCUCCGAAAGGUAUAGAAGACGAUCUUCAUAAAAUCAUUGGUGUUUGUGAUGCUUGUUUUAAAGAAGGCCAAGAAGCUGAGGUUGAACUUGUUUUAAAUGAUAUUGUUUCGAUUAUGGUCUUGAUUCCAUCAGAAAGAUCCGAGAACAUAAUAUUGGCUUUUUGUGAAAAAUUAACCAAAGCUCAGGGUCUUGAAUUAGGGCAGGUUUCUUUAAGAGCCUUAUGGCUACUUUUCCAAUCGUUGGAUGAUCAUUCCCCAAUGCGAUAUCCAGUUUAUUACCAUUUAAUACAAAUUGCCAAGCAAACAGACUCGGUAAAAUCAGUGUUUCAAGAUGUUGAGCAUCUUAAGCAGCAAUUUGCCAAUUGUCCUCCCUCUAGCGAUCAACUUCAAAAACUGUACAGACUUCUACAUGAAGUCUUACUUAAGAGUAAUCAGAGUGAACAAGCCGCAAUGGUUAUGAAAGAACUCCUAGGAACUUACACUGACAAAAAUGCAUCUCAUGCCAGAGAAGAUGCGAUUAGAUGUAUCGUGUCGGCCUUGGCAGAUCCUAAAACAUUCCUGCUGGAUCCUUUACUCGACCUUAAACCUGUGAGAUUUCUUGAAGGAGAGUUGAUACAUGAUUUGUUGAACAUUUUUGUUAGUGAAAACCUAGCUGCAUACCUCAAGUUUUACCAAGAACAUAAGGAGUUUGUAACUACUCAAGGUAUGUAUACUAAUCUCUGUAGAAGGGAUUCAAAUCACCUUGUUGAAGUAAAAUUUAUGUAAGAUC